AUGGCGACUCCGUAUAAUGAAGUGAAGCCUUCACAGAUAGGUAGAUCCCGAAAAAGAGUUCCAUCAUCACGUAAACCCACCAACAGUUCUAGGGUAGAUGGCAGACCAGCGUCUAAAACUGAAGGGUCUAAUAAUGGCUAUCGAUCUCCAGGAAGUAAUCUGGAUAACACAUUGAUUACAUCUUCUACGAGUACACUGCCUUCUUCCACAGCUUCCGAUAAUGUAUCACAAUGGCCAAAAUCUUUACAACAAUUUGUUAGUGAUAGCUUUUUAAGAUCAAAUUCUUUGUUAUCCGAAAAUGAAAAGGGAGAAUUCAAUAAACAACUACAAGAGAUUAUAGAGAGGGCGUUUGCAAAGGGUCUUUUAUGGACGAAUGAUUGGAAACAACAGAAGAUACCCAUUCUAGAUAAAGUACCAUUACAACUAUUCUCAGAAGUACCUGAGGUGAUCCAGAAUGUAAAGGAAGAGAAUCAUAAAUCAGUAAUAGAGCCAACAUCUUCUACCAUUCUACCUUCAAAGAGACUUGAUUAUCCUGUGUUAAGUGAAUCUCCAGUCAGUGAUUAUGAUUCACGUCAAAGAAAGAAGCAGCGUUUAGAAAGAUUUGAAACUCCUCCUCCAUCUGUAGUACCUUCAAAACCACAAAGUGCUGCAACAAAUAAAGUUGUUGGUCAAUGUCAAGAUUUGGAAAAAAAUUAUCUUAGACUUACUUCAGAACCAGAUCCUGCCAAGGUACGUCCUCAAGCGGUAUUAGAGAAGAGUUUAAAAUAUGUGUUAUCUAAAUAUUCUGAAAAUAAGACUUAUUCAUAUAUCAUUAACCAAUUAAAGUCUAUAAGACAAGAUUUAACUGUUCAACAUAUUAAGAAUGAUUUUACCGUUUAUGUCUACGAAUUUAAUGCGAGAACUUCUUUGGAAAAUGGAGAUUUAGGAGAAUUUAAUCAAUGUCAAUCUCAAUUAAAAUACUUAUAUUAUUUAAAACGUGAAAGAGAUGUUAAAUUAAAGACUAGAUUUUUCAGAUGGGAAGCAGAAUUACUUGUUUAUCGAGUGAUAUAUAUGUUAAUUACUAACAAUCAUAGUGAAUUAUCUAAAUUAAAAUACUCAAUUUUGCAUACAUACCAAAAUUUCAUAAAAACAGAUAAAGAAAAGGCUAUCUUCAAGUUUAUUGACAUAAUUUUCUCCUUUCAUAGUGACAUUUUAUUAGGUAAUUAUCAUCAUUUCUUUAAAACUUUGAGAGACUACAAAGAAACUGCAGACUUAGCCCUUGCUACUAAGUUAGUAAAGAACUCAUUAUAUGAAAAAACUAGAAUAAAAGCACUACAAACUAUGGUGAAUAGUUAUAAAAAAAUAAGUGUUGAAUUUCUAUCUGAAGAAUUGAACUUUGAAACUGUUCAACUGUUUAAAGAAUUCUUAACUAAGAAUUCAUUAGCAACAUUCCUUGUUAAUAAUGAAAAAGAAUAUGAAUGUUUAAGUUCAAAAGCUGCCAUACAAGCUAUUGUGAACAAACCCAAUUUUAAUAAAGUUGACAUCAAGGGCCAAAUAUGA